GGAAAAACAAGCGCGCAGGCGGAGCUUAACCCAGUAAACACUUCCGGAGGAGAGCGGGCACGUGGACACGUGGUUUGAUGUUUAGAGCAGCACGGCGGCUAUCAGGACUGGGCUGGAGAAGUGGAAGUAACAGAGUGUGGAGAUUGUUCUGCUAACAUACUCCGAACUGCUCUCUUUUCAUCCUGCAAGAAAGUGUUUCUGUUAUCUCUCAGCAAGGCUUAAAUCAUCUGAACACAACAAAGAGAUUUCUCUCCUAGUUUUUCUCGUUUACCUCCACUCACUUUGUGCCAAUGGAGGACAAGGAGCCCUUGGCAGAGCCAGUUCAUGUUGGAGAGAAGCGGACAUGCCCAGAAGAGGAUUCAGAGCACAUUGCUAAAAGAGUCAAAGUUCAGGAUGAAGCAAAUGGCAGCCAUGCCACUAAGCGGACAGAAGAUGAUAAAGAGGAGCUGGAAGGGGAGGAAGAAGAGGAGGCUCUGGAAGAAUGUGAUGGAGAAGGAGAGAGCUUUGCUGACAUGAUGAAGUAUGGUCUCAGUGAAGUGGAUGUGGGCAUUUGCAAGUUUGUCAGUGAGCAUAAUGGCUUCUCUGGAAUCCUGAAAGAGAGAUAUUCUGAUUUUGUGGUCAAUGAGAUAAGUAAAGAAGGGAAGAUUGUACGACUGGAUGACCUCUCCGUUCCUGUGGAACCUGAGGAAGUGUCUGUAGAGGCUGCGCCUGUGGAUUGUCAGGUUCUGACGGAAGAGCAAAAACAACAACUUUCUGAUCUGCAGCUCUUCAAAAACAAGGAGCGAAAUGUAUCUAUUGAGGUAGAAGAUGACUCUAAGGAGAAGCGUACACUGCUUCAUAAAGCAGUUAAAACCUCGUACCCAGGACUGGAAACCAAGACUGAGGAGAGAGACGGCAAGAAGUUUAUAGUUGCCUACCAUGCGGCUGGAAAGAAAGCACUGGCAGAAGUUCGAACACCUGCAGCACCUAGAAAACACUCAUGGCCAAAGAACCGUGGUAGCUUCUGCCAUUUUGUGCUCUACAAGGAGAAUAAAGACACCAUGGAUGCCAUUAACGUUCUCUCCAAGUUUCUCAGGGUUCGGCCCAAUGUCUUCUCCUAUAUGGGUACUAAAGAUAAGAGAGCCAUCACAGUGCAGGAGAUUGCUGUGCUAAAAAUCAGCGCAGAGAGGUUAGCUCACCUUAAUAAGUGCCUGAUGAAUUUCAAACUGGGAAACUUCAGCUAUAAAAAGCACCCUCUGAAGCUGGGGGAGCUGCAGGGGAACCAUUUUACUGUGGUACUGAGGAAUAUCUCGGGUUCUGAUGAGCAGGUGGAGCACGCCAUGACCUCACUCAGGGCUACAGGUUUCAUCAACUACUAUGGUAUGCAGCGUUUUGGCACCACAGCUGUUGCUACACACCAGGUUGGCAGGUCAAUCCUGCAGAAUAACUGGUCUGAGGUGAUGGACCUCAUCUUAAAGCCACGUCCUGGGGCGGAGAAGGGCUAUCUGGUGAAGUGUAGAGAGGAAUGGGCCCAGACUCAGGAUCCUGAGGCAGCACUGAAGAAACUGCCUGUAAAGCGCUGUGUAGAGGGCCAGCUACUGAGAGGCCUGUCAAAAUAUGGCAAAAACAACAUUAUAACUGCUUUUGGCCUGAUUCCUCGCAACAACAGACUCAUGUACAUCCACAGCUACCAGAGCUUUGUAUGGAAUACCAUGGUCAGUAGGCGAGUGGAGGCCUAUGGUCUUAAAGCUGUGGAAGGAGAUUUAGUGCUAAAAGGAGGCACUGCUCAUGUCCUGUCUGCUGAGGAAGCAGAAAAAGAGUCCAUUCAUGACAUUGUGAUGCCUCUGCCUGGAUUUGAUGUUAUCUACCCUACGCACGAAGUGGGGAAGGGCUACAGAGACAUGCUGGCAGCUGAUAAUCUGGACAUUGAUAACAUGAGGCAUAAAGUGAAAGAUUAUUCUCUGGCUGGAGCCUACCGACGCAUCCUCAUACGCCCGAGUGACGUCAGCUGGGAAGUGAUCCAUUAUGAUGACGCCAGAGUGCCGCUGGUUUACACAGAUGUAGAGAAACUGGAAAACAAACCACUACCAGUUUAUCUCACAGAGGGUAAAUACAGAGCUCUGAAGAUGGAGUUUUCACUGCCCCCCUCUACCUAUGCCACCAUGGCAAUCAGAGAGGUGUUGAAAAUGGAUACCAGCAUCAAGAACCAGACGCAGCUGAACACUGUAUGGCUGAACUGAGGACCAGCGUUGACGUAAUUGCUCAGAAAACAAGGGAAAAUGAGCACAAGCUUUUUUUGCUUUCUUAUUUUUUUUAGAAGCUUGUUUUUAAAGUGUAUUUUAGGCUUUUUGGCCUGGAAAAGCUGUAACUCUCAAAGUUACACUUAAUUGAAAUUGAAUACACUGCACUAGCAGGAUGAGUGUAGGGUGUGCAAAAAGAAAUACCCUGUCCUGGAUGGAUGGAUGAGUAUCGUGUGUGUGUGUGCGUGUGUGCGUGCGUACGCCGGUUGAUCUACAUGUACAGAUGGGGUAAAUAAAUCCUGUGCAUUUUUUUGUGGAUGUAUUAAAUAACUUUUGCAGGAAUUAUUAAAUGCCCAGACAAUA